AUGUCAUCAAAGGACGGCUACUCAUGGACAGAGGCUCAAGGCCUCAAGCCCGGCGUUCCAUGCAUCGGUGCCAUCAGUCCUCCUACAAAUCUCAAAGGCAGCAACACAAAAUAUGAUGUAAUUGUCGUUGGAGCAGGAUACUGCGGCUUGACUGCAGCCAGAGACGCAGCUCUUGCAGGUCUCAAAGUGUUGCUCAUCGAAGCUCGUGAUCGCAUCGGUGGUCGUUCUUGGUCAUCAAACAUAGAUGGCUACCCAUACGAAAUGGGCGGUACGUGGGUGUACUGGGGUCAAGCUCACGUCUGGCGAGAACUCCAAAGAUACAACAUGCAGAGUGAACUUGAAGUCUCGUAUGAUUUCACUCGAGGAAUCAAUAAAUAUCUUCUCGUCACACCCGAGGGAACUCAAAAGUUUACUCACGAGGAAGAGGACCAAAUAAUGCAGAGUGGUCUCAAAAAGCUAGUCAACGUAGACGGUCAAGACGGACGUGAAGCCAUCAUCUUCCCUCACGCAAGCAAACUUGACGCAGUGGCAGCAAAGUACGACCGCAUGUCCAUCGCAGACCGCAUCGCCGAGAUAAAGAGCGACCUAACAUACAACGAACGCAUCGGCCUAGAAGCAUUCGUUCUUCUCUGCAGCGGCGGCACUCUCGAAACAACCAGCUUCUACGAGUUCUUGCACUGGUGGGCCAUGAGCGGAUACUCUUACCAAGGCUGCAUAGAGUAUCUCGUCAAGUACAAGUUCAAAGGUGGCCAAUCCAGCUUUGCCAUUAAUUUCUUCAAAGAAGCCCUCGCAACUGGAAACUUGACCUACUCUUUCAGCACACCUGUUGCUUCUAUCAAGAACAGCCCCGCUGGUGUUGAAGUUACUUCUCGAAGCGGACAGACGUUCCGGGCACGCAAGAUGAUUAGUGCGAUUCCUCUCAACGUUCUCAACGAUGUGAAGUUUGAUCCGCCUCUGGCUCCGGGUAAAAAGGCUGCUGCUGAUAUUGGACAUGUCAACCAAUGUAUCAAGGUCCACGCUGAAGUCUCGGAUAAGGAUCUGCGAUCUAUGACUAGCAUCAGCUAUCCUCAUAAUAAACUGUCAUACGGUUUUGGUGACGGAACUACACCAGCAGGAAACACGCACAUUGUUGCUUUUGGAGGACAGAGCAAUCAUUUCCACCCCGAAGAAAAUAUUCAGACUACGCUGGAUGCUUUCCAAGGUUUUACUCCAAUGAAGAUUGAGCGUUUGGUCUUUCAUAACUGGUCCAAAGACGAAUUUGCAAAGGGUGCAUGGUUCUUUUCACGACCUGGUCUUUUGACUGAUCAUCUACCUGACAUGAGAGCCAGUCAAGGAAACAUCAUUUUUGCAUGCUCUGACUGGGCUCUGGGAUGGCGUAGCUUUAUCGAUGGUGCUAUUGAAGAGGGAACUCGUGCCGCCAUGGUUGUUCGAUCUACUUUGUCCGAGAGAAGUCAUCUGUAA